AUGGCUCCUUCCAAGCAAGAUGUCAAAAUCUCAAUCGCAGUCGCGGGCCUCGGACGCAUGGGGAAGCGCCAUGUUCGAACACUCCUCAAUCGUGUCUCAGAGGCGCAAGUGGUUGCAGUUUGCAGCACCGAGCAAUCAGAGCUCGAAUGGGCUCGAAACGAGUACAAAGACUGGGGAAUCCAAGUCUACGAUUCCUACGAUCAGAUGAUUCAGCAUUCCGGACUUCAGGCUGUGUGGGUCAGCACUAGCACUGAUGUACACGCUUCUCAGACGAUUGCAGCGAUUGAGAAGGGCUUGAAUGUCCUUUGUGAGAAGCCGCUGAGCACUGAUAUGGAGGAGGCCAAGCGAGUGGUCGAAAUUGCGAAUAAAAAUACCCACCUCAAAGUCAUGGCAGGCUUCUCUCGAAGGUUCGAUGCCAGCUACAGAAAUGCCAAGGCACAAAUCACUGAGGAUGCCAUCGGCGAGCCGUUUGUCAUUCGUUCUCAGACAUGCGAUCUCAUCGAUAACACGGGAUUCUUCGUCCGGUAUGCAGCAAAGAAUGGAGGCAUGUUUGUGGAUUGCUGCAUCCACGAUAUCGAUCUGUCAUUAUACUAUUUUGGGGAUGUUAUUCCCAAAGCAGUUUGGGCAGUGGGCACCAUUGCUCAUCAUCCCGAGUUGAAAGACUUGAACGAUGUCGAUAAUGGAGUUGGUGUUGUCGAAUACUGGGGCGGGAAGAUUGCAUACUUCUACUGCUCGCGAACCCAAGCCCAUGGCCAUGAUGUCUGCACCGAAGUGGUGGGCACGAAAGGGAAAAUCAUGGUAAAUCUGGUACCAAGACUCGACAAUGUCACAGUGGCUCAGAAAAUUGGUGUCAGCCACAAAGUGCAGCCCGAAUACUGGGAACGAUUUGAGGAUGCUUUUGCAACAGAGGCAAAUGAGUUCAUCGCCUCAAUUGUAAACAAUACCCCAGUGCCUUUGAAGUUGGAACUGGGUUUGAUGAGCUUGAAGAUUGGUUGGGCUUUGCAAGAAGCCCUUCUCACGGGCGAGAGAAUUCGUUUCAACGAGAAGGGAGAGCAACUGGAUGGCGGAAGUGCAAGGUUGUAG